GUUUCUCAAGUCACCUGGUGCAGAGAUGGAAACCAGAGGGAAGCCCCAGCUCCUCAUGAGCCUGAUAGUUCUCAGUAUGCUCUUCUCACAAAUGCUGGCCUGGCCUCUUUUUGAAGCACGUUUUUUGAGAGUACCAUUGGAAGAAGAGAGUGAAGUUGAUCGAACUUCAUUCAAAGCAGACACUGACAUCUUACGAAAUGUAUUUCCUGAAAAUGGCAGGAAUGCCAGACAUGCCGAUGAACUUUUCGCCAGUGACUUCAUUUCAGUCUUGGAUCAACUUCCUAAAAAAAAAUACCUUCGGUCCCUUAUUGAAAAUGGAGAUAGCAAUAGCAUCUCAGAAAACCAGAGACCAAGCAAACGCAAGGCAGAUGCAAUCAUUGGUCAUUAUUAUGCUCAACUUCAAAGGAGGAAAGCUCUGAAAAAAUGGUUGUGGAAACAAAUUGUGACUCAGCACAAAGAUGAUGGAAAAGCACCUGGGAGCAAAGCUGAUAAUGAAGUAGCCCAAUA